UCCUUAAUUAACUCUAGUACAUUUCCUAACCUUUCUCUUAGAUUGUAUAACAAUAAGCAGGCUGUCUAUAUACAUUUUUAAAAUACUAUAUAGUCUUAUUAUCAGGAAGAGGACCUACAAGAAGAACAUUUUGGUUUUUGACCAGAAUGUGAGCGGUCAUAACUAAAUGUGGGGCAAAGAAGCUCUUGGACCUUCUCCAAUGGGUUGAGUUAGGGGUGUGUAACUGGGACAACUGAUUCUCCUAUUCUAUGUUCCUGUUAAAUAUCCUAAUUAAUCAACCUUUAUAAAUUGUUGAAAACAGGAGCCGAUUGAGCCUCAUCCCCUCUGGGACACCUGGAAGCUUCCAAUAAAGGUGCCCAUGUGCAGCCACAGCCAAUGUCCAACAGCAGCUCCAUCAGCCACUUCCUCCUGCUGGCACUGGCAGAGACGCGGCAGCUGCAGCUCCUGCACUUCUGCCUCUUGCUGGGCAUCUCCCUGGCUGCCCUCCUGGGCAACGGCCUCAUCAUCAGCGCCGUAGCCUGCGGCCACCACCUGCACACGCCCAUGUUCUUCUUCCUGCUCAACCUGGCCCUCAGCGACCUGGGCUCCAUCUGCACCACUGUCCCCAAAGCCAUGCACAAUUCCCUCUGGGACACCAGCACCAUCUCCUACACAGGAUGUGCUGCACAGCUCUUUUUCUUUCUGUUCUUCAUCUCAGCAGAGCUUUCCCUCCUGACCAUCAUGUGCUACGACCGCUACGUGUCCAUCUGCAAACCCCUGCACUACGGGACCCUCCUGGGCAGCAGAGCUUGUGCCCACAUGGCAGCAGCUGCCUGGGCCAGUGCCUUUCUCAAUGCUCUCAUGCACACGGCCAAUACAUUUUCCCUGCCCUUGUGCCAUGGCAAUGCCCUGGGCCAGUUCUUCUGUGAAAUCCCACAGAUCCUCAAGAUCUCCUGCUCCACAUCCUUUGUCAGGGAAUUUGUGCUCAUUGCAUUUUCCAUUUCUUUAGUAUUUGGUUGUUUUGUGUUCAUUGUUUUCUCCUAUGUGCAGAUUUUCAGGGCUGUGCUGAGGAUCCCCUCUGAGCAGGGACGGCACAAAGCCUUUUCCACCUGCCUCCCUCACCUGGCUGUGGUCUCCCUGUUCCUCAGCACUGGCACAUUUGCUCACCUGAAGCCCCCCUCCAUCUCCUCCCCAUCCCUGGAUCUGGCCCUGUCAGUUUUGUACUCGGUGGUGCCUCCAGCCCUGAACCCCCUCAUCUACAGCCUGAGGAACCAGGAGCUCAAGGCUGCAGUGGGGAGACUGAUGACUGGAUGCUUUCAGGAACGUUAAACUGCUGGCCAA